AUGGAAAACGAGGAUAUUGUUGCUGUUUCCAAGCCUCUGGGUAUGCCAACGCAUCCCAGCGGAGCAUAUCGCUGGAACUCUCUUACUAGCAUAUUGAGAGAGGAGCAUGGAUAUCAGAAGCUUUAUCCUUGUCACCGUCUUGAUAAAGCUACAUCUGGGGUGUUGCUACUUGCCAAAAACGCAGAAACCAGUAGUCGUUUUCAAUCGGCAUUCAAUGACAAGAAGAAUACUGAUAAGUGGUAUUUGGCCAGGGUUGAAGGUAAGUUUCCCUCCGGACCGUUCGUUUUUGAUCACCCCGUCUUUUCGCUAAGCUACGGCGGUUACAUCAAUAUCAGAAACACAAGUCAAGUCCCCAUCUCCUCAACGGGUUUCGAAUUGGUGAAAUACUCCAAAGAGCUAGAUCAAAGCAUUGUGCGAUGCAAAGCCAUAACAGGUAAGAUGCACCAGAUCAGAAUCCACUUGAGGUGCCUUGGCUUUCCAAUCGUAAAUGACUAUCUAUAUAAUCCUCCCAAGGAGAACUCAAAGGGGCAGUUCAAGCUACAAAUCGAGCAAGCAUUGCAUGAGAUGGUGAGGCUGAAAUUGAAAGAAACGGGCGAUAAGUUCGUGGACUUAGAUGCCCUUGUUAAUGAACAUCCUGAAUUGAAAGAGCAGAUGGCAGAGCUCAAAAGGCUCAGGGAUACCAAUCAUGAUAGGGAAUUGAAGGACGUUUGUCCUGAGUGCUCGAAAAUACUACUUAGUGACCCAGUCAACGAAGAGAUUUACCUUCAUGCUCAUCGUCUCAGGCACAGAGGGGAUAUUUCUUUGGACAUAACCACGGAAAUGCCCGAAUGGGCCAAUAUCUGA